AUGAACCAGUUCCGUCUUGAACCCAAAAUUGACUACGGGCCCCAGCUCAACGUCACCGUCUGGCUCCUUAUAUCAGUCUCGGCCAUCUUCCUCUUCACGCGUCUCUACCUAAAGAACUGCCAGAACCGUGGCCUGUGGUGGGAUGAUUAUUUCCUGCUAGGCUCCUGGGUCCUCCUUGCUGCCCAGGCCGGUCUUAUUUCUGACGUUGUCGGCUUGGGAUACGGACGCCAAGUCAUCCCAAUGGAAAAGUUUGCUUUCUUUCCGAUCAGAGUGAAUGUUCUCUCAACAUUGUUGAUCAUCGCCAACUUAUGGGGCAAAACGAGCUUUGCGUUGACACUGCUUAGAAUCCCCGAGCGCUGGGUGAGGGUUGGUGUCUGGACCAUUCUGAUCUCGUUGACGGGGACGCUGGUGCUAAGUGCAGUCAUGGUGUGGAUAAGCUGUCUUGAUAUCAACUUGAGGGGGAGGUGUGUUCCGGUAGAGGUGUCGUUGCGAUACAACAUUUUUUCGUGCGUAUUUUCAGCUACGAUUGACGUUGUACUGGCGUUCUUACCAUGGAAAUUCUUGUGGGGCCUGGAAAUGAGUAUCAAAGAAAAAGUUGGCGUUAUGAUUGCAAUGAGCAUGGGAGUUUUCGCAGGCGCAGCAGCUGGUAUCAAUGUGCCAUUGUUGAUCUGGGGAAACGCCGAAGCAGCUAUCUGCAUCAUGGCUGCAUCCAUUCCCAUCCUCCGAGCACUCGCCAGAGGCACCUGCCGCGGCCAGGUACCCCACGGAUAUGAGACAUACGAAUAUAGGUCAGCUGGCAUGUCAGAGCCCAGGCUUGCGCGGUCAACAUUCAGUAGAACUGCAGUCAUGUCUCUGGCAUUGCCAAUCCAGUCGCCACCCGCGUUGUAUUCUCAAAAGGCGCCCCAUGUUAAAGAGGCCGAUAAUUUGGACGACACCCUGACAAGCGGAAGUCCCGUGCAGUCAUUAACGCGCAAACACAAGUCCGAAGAGGACGAUGCUGACAGCUUCGAAAUGACCAACUACGGGCAAAGCCGUUCACAAAGUCCACAGAGCAUACAUACUACCGAUAGGCCGCAGAGCCCGUUGGACUUUGUUGGGCGGAACCCAGUCCCGCGAUGA